AUGACGCAAUCAGUCUUUGAUGCAUUUCCAAAAAUACCAGAGACUUAUAUAAACAAAUCAGCUGUUGGAGGAACAUCUUGUCUAAUUGUUUCUGAGAGUUUUUAUUAUUUGGAUACAAGAUUGAAUUUUAAAUUUGAGCCAGACACUGAUAUUGAAGCAAAAUUAAAAAUAAAUAUUGAUAUAACUGUUGCAAUGACAUGUAGUCAACUUGGUGCUGAUGUACUUGAUGCAACAAAUCAAAAUUUACUUGGUUUUGAGCCACUUACUGAAGAAGAUACCUGGUGGGAAUUAUCAUCAAAUCAACGUACUCAUUUUGAUGCACUGAAACAUAUGAAUUCAUAUUUAAGAGAAGAGUAUCAUGCUAUACAUGAGGUACUAUGGAAAUCAUCAAAAGUUGCAUUCAUGAGUGAAAUGCCAAAGAGAAAUAUUGAGCCAACAACAAAACCAGAUGCAUGUAGAAUUUAUGGAAGUAUGAAUGUCAAUAAAGUUGCUGGUAAUUUUCAUAUAACUGCUGGUAAAUCAUUGUCAUUACCACGUGGACAUGUACAUAUAUCAGCAUUUAUGACAAGUAAUGAUUAUAAUUUUACUCAUCGUAUUAAUAAAUUUUCAUUUGGUGAAGAAAGUCCUGGUAUUGUUCAGCCACUUGAUGGUGAUGAAAAAUAUGCAUCUGACAACAUGAUGCUUUAUCAGUAUUUCAUUGAAGUUGUACCAACAGACAUUUAUACACUUUUAAAAACAACAAAAACUUAUCAAUACAGUGUCAAAGAUUAUGCAAGACCAAUUGAUCAUCAAAAAGGCUCACAUGGUAUACCAGGAAUAUUUUUUAAAUACGACACAAGUGCAAUGAAAGUUGUUGUUAGACAAGAACGUGAUUCAAUUAUUAAAUUUUUAGUUAAACUAUGUGCAACUGUUGGUGGUAUAUUUGUAACAAGUGAUAAAAAAUCAUUGUUACAAGAGCAAAGUGUUGCAAAUACUAAACCAAUUGUUGGACUUGAUCUAGUCAAUAUUCAACCAGCAACAAUUGAUGUUACUAUCAAUUCACUUAAAUAA